UCGUAAAUGAGCCCCCUUUGGCCCCGCCGUCCUGGUGCAGCUCAACAGACUCACUUGCCUCAUGCAAUACUGACUGACAGUUCAUUUCGCGACGACCGGCACUGCAUUCGAAGCCGCGUGCACUUUCUAGAUCCGCGUCUCGUACCUCAACCGCAUUUUAUUCGACCUGUUGCUCCCUCCGACAAACACCCCAGCACGUGGAGUGUGAAGUGAUCAGUGACCCUCGGACGGAUAUGUUUGGUUUCUGAAUCGUGCGAAGAACUUGUCACCAUGUCGGACACUCAGGAGUUUGAGAUAAAGACUGAUACGAACGCUUCGAGCACCUCGGCGAACCCCAGGACGCCACCGAAUUGCGCCAGAUGCCGAAAUCACCGCAUGAAAAUCCCCCUGAAGGGUCACAAGAGAUAUUGCAAAUACAGAAAUUGUGCGUGCGAGAAAUGCCGGCUUACUUCUGAGCGGCAGCGGGUUAUGGCCAUGCAGACCGCGCUCAGGAGGGCCCAGGCUCAGGAUGAAGCCAUGGCGAAGAGCGGAGCUAUUGACCCUCAUCUUCUCCAAAACACCCCAUCCCCUAUACUGAUGAAGAGGAAAUUGGACUGCGACUCUUCGUCUUCUUCCCAGUGUUCUCCACCUCCUAAAAUCAUGAGGACCAUGUCACCCCUGGUUGAACCUCCCACAACGUCUUCAUCUAUGGGGGUUGUUGCACAAAGCACGGACCUUCUGGAAGACUGUCAAAAGCUGUUGGAGAGGUUCAAGUACCCGUGGGAGAUGAUGCCACUCAUGCAUGCUAUACUGAAAGGUGCAAGAGCGGAUUUGGAGGAAGCAUCAAGACGUAUUGAUGAAGGAAAAGAAGCCGAAAUUCUUUUAGAAUUCUGCCAAAGGAUUAGGGAUAAGUUUCAAAUAUCAUGGAGAAUGGUAGCGUUAAUCAAUGUGAUACUUAAGCAAGCGAACGAAGACCAAGAAGAAGCUUGGAGGCAGAUAGAAGAAGCAUUUUUGGAGGUGCGAACAUGGGCUGCAGUGGAGGCAGCUCGCAGUGCGUACCGACACAUACCCUACGCCGGCUUCUAUUCGACAACUGCCCUCUACCAUCCUACUAUGUACCUGCCAGCAAUCCCGACCUACCAUUCGGGAGCCGACCUCUUAGCCACCGUCCCCACGCGGUCACCACCGUUACCUCAGGCCCAGUCGCUGACGCCGCCACAGUCCACCGUCCUGCGACCGGGCAGCCAGGCGUGAUGAGGUAUCGACCCAUCACUGUGGACAACUGAAUGCAAGAAGAUGAACUUGUGCGAACAAUUUUCUAGGUUCAUUUGUGAAAAACCACCGUUCCAAGAACAAAAUCCGUCACAUGAACACAAUGUAUUCGUCCGAACUACAAUAAAAACCUACUAGAAAUCGAAUAAAUUGUGUAUAGCGUUAAGUGUUGCAAAUUACAAAAAUUGUCCCACAUUUUCGUGAUUUAUUUUCGGAAAGUUUUCUUCUUCCAAGUCCAUUUGUAUAGCUGCAAAAAUUCACCGUCUCAUUCUUCAGCGGAAAUUCCGUACCAUGAAAUUCAUGACAAAAAAAAUAUCCGAGAAAGACAAAAAUUUUAAAAUUAUAGUUGAAUGAGCGUGUAGAAUUUUCACACGAUUCAAAACCAAAGAUAUUCGCUGAAAUUUAUACUGUUAAGUGAACAAUGAAUCCCUUCAUUUUCUUUCAAUAACGUCAAAGGUUCAAUUCCAAAAAAUUUGUGAAAACUCAUUCAAAUAUUUUCAUUGUCCAACUUUUUGAACUUCAGACAGCAACAGCAUAUAUUUUCACAUUCAAUGAAACGAAUUAUCAUACAAUGAGUUGAAAUUGGAGGGUUCCAAAUAUAAGUGUUAAAAUUCGCGUCCUCAUUUCCAAGUUAUUUUGUAAACGUCUAUUCAAACUGCACUUUCUUCAAUGUAGAUAUGUUUUUGAGAACAUAGUGAAAUGUGAAUUACCAUUUUUAAAUGUGUAGUAGAUAUGUAAGUUUAUUGUACAAAAGUAUCACCUAAGUAUAUAAGUUAGUUGAAUCCCCUAUGUCAUGCUCUAUUUUAUGUAGGAUGUGGCUCUGAAAGCCUUGUGAUAUAUUAAUGUAGAUUCCAGUGAUACGUUAAGGUAUUUUUCAUGUUCUAUUCAGGAAUGGUUGCAUCUCUAAAAAUAAAUUUCAUUUUUGUAUGAUAUGUAUUAAGUUUUUGUAUCCGUAGUUAGAUUACAUAAAUUAUUCGAUAUUUUUUCUUCGAACGAAAGAUUGAUGGAGAUUUGUGAGGAAUUCGGAGGAAAAAACGACAAAUAAUUCAUCAUUUUUGAUGAUUCAUAUUGCAGUUCAUUUGUGUCUAAUGUUUCUUAAUUCAUAUGUUGUAAAUUUCACCUCAAUUGAAAUUGAAAGAAAUUAUAAAUCAAGGUUGUAAAUGUGUUUAUUGUUAGUUUUUCCUCUGAAGUUAAAAGUUUGAAAUACUUCGGUAAGACCGAUCAACUGUUGUUUUGAAUACAUGGAUCCCCUAUGAUUUCUAUGAAAUAAAUCUGGUGUGAAUUGUAAAUUAUGCGAAAUUAUAAGGGAUCAUAAAUUUUUCAUUUUAAGUUCAAACAUUGUAUCAAAAAAUUAUAAACGGAAACUGGAAAAAUUUAUGCAAAAAAAUUGUAUGCAUUAUAAUGUUAUGGAUGUAAAGGUAGAUAUAAAAAUGUUUAUUGAGCA